CAAAUCGUUAAUUUUCGGCAAAGAUAAGAAUGUAGCAACAAAAAAAUAUCAAAUUUAUGUGAAAAACUUACCAAAGACUCAGUAUUUUAUCACAAAAAUGAUAUUAAUUGGCAUUUUAUUGGCUCUCUUGAGUGUUGUUGUCUCCAGUGAACCCACGAUAAGCUCAUCUCUCGACUUUUUCGUGAAAAAUGCCGGAUUUCACAGAGAACUCCAAUACCGCUUAGGAUUUGCCGGAUUCAAUCGCCAACCAUGCGAGUUUAUUCUUGUGCAGAAUCUCCCGGCAGCGAUUUUUGUCAACACAGACCAACUAAAUGACCUCAAGCGACUCAAAAAGAUCGAAACUUACGUGCCCGUCUACAUGGACGUGGAAAUUCCUGCAAUUAAGUCAUUCCAUUUUCAAAUGUACAUCUUUGGCGAUGUACGAAAAGCAGUAAAUAUCUCGCUUCCGAUACAUUUUCGGUAUCAGCAACCGACAGACAUGAAAUUUGUUCGUGUCGAGAUUCACAGUCCGGAGUUGUAUGUGCGGUGUGAGUCGCAAGAAGCGCAAAAAAGCACAAAAUCUGUAGAGGAAGAGUUUCCAUGUCGAGAUAGUUCGAACAUUACGGACUAUGAUAAAAUUAAGGAGAUUGAUGUUUGUCUCUGGAAGCCAUUGGAGUUCAUUAAUGAACCAACGACAUUGAGUGUCCUAAUUCCAGCUGGAAAUAUUUAUUCGUACAAAUUUGUUUUACCAAUUACCAUCGUCAUAAGUUGGCUCGGAUGCUUUUACAUCAUUUACAUUGUACUUAAAAAGACCAAAAAUUUAAAUAAAAAGAUACUUUAAGAAGGGAAGUUACUUUAAGAUGAUUCCUCAGCUCU